AUGUUUAGUAAUAAACCAUCAACAGAAACAAUAACAAAAAUUUUGUCAAAUCCAUCUUCAUUCUUAUCACACAAAGUUAAUAAUAAUAAUAAAUUAUCGAUAUUAACUAAUUCUGUAAUUAGACAUUUCAGUGUUAAAUUCAGACGUUGGGAAUGGCUUUGGUGGAAAGCAUGGGUUAUAAGAUUUAUUGUUUUUGGAAUUACUGGCUCAACAACUGUUAGAGUUGUUAGACCAAUAGUCAAUGAUAUAUUUGGAAUAGAUGGAAGCUUCAUUGAAGGACCUUGGUCAUUUCGAUUAGCUUAUCUUUUCACAACAUUACCAUUAUAUUCUGUUAUUCUCUUAUGUUUAGGUACUAUAUUUCGUCAAAAUGCUUAUUUUAAAAAAAUAGUCUUUAGAAUGUAUGGAAGAUUCAUUCCUGCCAGUUUAAUGACUAGAAUUUAUUUUGCUAUGCAAGACUUCAAUAAAAAAAAUCAUUUCUAA